AUGUGCCCCAUAACAGUUGAUGUCUGUUUAAUCGACUUAGAUGGAACUAUUGUAGACACUACUGACGCAGUAGAAGCUGCCUGGAAUAAACUUGCCGACAAGCAUGAAGUUGAUGGUGCUCAUAUCUCGAAAGAUUCUCACGGUCGGAGGGCUAGUGAGACGUUCUCUCACUAUUUCCCAAAGGUUGAUAACACAGCAGUGGUUAGAGAGUUUGAGCGUGCACUUUUUUCGCAGUCUCACUAUGUGGGCUUGAUUCCGGGUGCCAACGACUUGUUGCUUUCUUUAAAUAGACCAACUGGGGGUAAGCCUGGGGAGGUCUUUCGCGAUAUUAAGUGGGCCAUUGUGACUUCUGCUACUCCAUCCUUGGCUCAUUCAUGGUUUGACACAAUUUUGAAGAAGAUUGGCAAACCAAAAGUGUUCAUUACUUCUGCAGACGUCAGUAAGGGCAAACCUGAUCCUGAGGGUUUUCAGAAAGCUAAGGAACAAUUGGCAAAUGUGCUUGGUUUAGAUAAGGAUCGUGCUAGGGCAGUUGUGUUCGAGGAUUCGCCUUUAGGAAUCAGGGCCGCCAAAGCAAUGGCGGCCAUAGCUGUUGGUAUAACAUCUUCGUAUAGUAAAGAUAUUCUCUACAAAUCUGGUGCUGAUUAUGUUAUCGAAGACUUGGCUCAAGUAUCUGUUGUGGCUAACGAUAAAGAUGGAAUCACUUUAGAAAUUACUGGUAGUAUGGAUAGGGAUUCAGAAGACGACGGUGACUAUUUUGAUGAGGAAGAUGAAUAUGAGGAAGACGAUGACGCUUAUGAUGAUGAUGAUGAUGAUGAUGACGCUGAUGUUGAUGAUGAUAAUAAUAAUAAUAAUAAUAAUGAACCAGCUGCUGCAAAAAGCAAUGGAAAAGCAGCAGACAAGAAAUGA